CACAAAAACUGUAAUGUAUAAGGUAUUUUCUUUUCAAAAAGUCCAAAAAAAUAAUAAUCUAAUUUUGAAAAGGCAAACAGUAAUCAUUUUGCGCGCCCAACAUAAAUCACUAUAACCCUAAAAUAAUUCAUCCAUUAAUUUCUUCUUUUCAAAAAAAACCCAAAAUUUUCCCUUUUCCCUCUUUCUCUCUCCUGACUCUCACUCUGACUCUGACUCUUUCAUCUUUCUCCGGUUUCUUCGGAAAUUGCCAUUUUCAUGGAGGAUCAGAAGGUCUUAGAUCUAGUUAAAGAGCUUGUUAAUCGUUUACUUUCACAACCCCAAAACCCUAACCCUAACCCUAAUCAACCCACUUCCGUAAUCCCUAAUUCUUCUUCAAUUGACUCUAAUCACUUCAAUCAAGCUCUCCGCUAUGCAAUUCGCAUCUUAUCUAGUCGAAUGACGCCUUCAAUUGCUGCUGAUGAAGCUGCAAUGGCGGAAUCAAUUAAGCGUCAGCUCGUCACUCAAGGUAAAUCUUCCGAAGCCCUUACUUUCGCCGAUCUUUAUUCGAAAUUUGCGUCGAAAACUGGUCCUGGUAGUAUAAAUAACAAAUGGGCGGUUUUGUAUUUACUUAGAGUUGUGUCUGAAGACUGUAAAAUUGCUAAAAAACAACCGAAUUCCACGGUUUCUAGGGGUUUGCCAGCGAUUUAUGAUUCUCAGUUGAGUGAUAAUUCGAAGGUUUCUCGUGAUAAAGAAGUGGGGUGGAGUGGUGGGGUUUUAGUGUUGUCGAAAGAUCCUGACAAUAUUCGCGAUAUUGCGUUUAGGGAGUUUGCUAACUUGUUGAAGGAAGAGAAUGAUAUUUCUGAGGAGGUUUUGGUUAGGGAUGUGUUGUAUGCUAGUCAAGGAAUUGAUGGAAGUUAUGUUAAAUUUGAUGGAACUAUUGAUGGGUAUGCUUUGUCUGAUUCUAUUAAGGUACCUAGAGCUACUAGGAUUAUGAUUCAGAAAUUAUGUGAGUUGGGUUGGUUGUUUAGGAAAGUUAAAGGGUACAUAUCGGAGAGCAUGGAUCACUUUCCUUCUCAAGAUGUCGGAACUGUGGGGCAAGCAUUUUGCGCGGCAUUGCAGGAUGAGCUUACCGAGUAUUAUAAGCUUUUAGCGGUGCUUGAAGCGCAGGCAAUGAAUCCCAUUCCACUGGUUUCUGAAAAUGCCACUUCAGGGAAUUAUCUCUCUUUAAGGAGACUGUCGGUUUGGUUUGCUGAACCUAUGGUUAAGAUGAGGCUUAUGGCUGUAUUGGCUGAUAUUUGUAGAGUUUUGAGAGGUGGGGCGAUGGCAGGGGCUAUUCAUAUGCAUGCCCAACAUGGGGAUCCCCUUGUGAGGGAUUUUAUGAAGCGUUUGCUGCGUCGGGUUUGCUCACCCCUGUUUGAAAUGGUUAGAAGUUGGGUCUUGGAAGGGGAGCUCGAAGAUAUAUUUGCUGAGUUUUUUGUUGUAGGGCAGCCUGUCAAGGCUGAAUCCCUUUGGAGAGAGGGUUAUCGGCUCCAUCGUGGGAUGCUUCCUUCUUUCAUCUCGCCAUCUCUUGCACAGCGCAUUCUGAGGACUGGGAAGUCAAUUAACUUCCUAAGGGUAUGUUGUGAAGACCGAGGAUGGGCUGAUGCUGCGACUGAGGCGGCAGCUGCUGCUGGAACCACAACAGGGAGAGGUGGUCUUGGGUAUGGAGAAACUGAUGCUCUUGAAUUGUUGGUCGCUGAAGCAGCUAAGAGGAUUGAUAAGCAUCUACUGGAUGUUAUCUACAACCGCUACAAGUUUAAAGAUCAUUGUAUGGCAAUAAAACGGUAUUUGUUGCUUGGACAGGGUGAUUUUGUGCAGUAUCUAAUGGACAUAGUUGGGCCAGAACUCUCUGAGCCAGCCAACACUAUUAGCACAUUUAAGCUGGCGGGGCUGUUGGAAACUGCUAUAAGGUCAUCAAAUGCACAGUAUGAUGACCGCGAUAUAUUGGACAGACUGAGAGUCAAGAUGAUGCCACAUAAUUCUGGAGAUAGGGGCUGGGAUGUGUUCUCCUUGGAAUAUGAUGCCAGAGUUCCACUAGAUACUGUUUUCACGGAAUCUGUUAUGUCAAGGUACCUAAGAAUUUUCAAUUUCCUGUGGAAGCUUAGGCGAGUUGAGCAUGCACUGAUAAGUACAUGGAAAACUAUGAAGCCAAAUUGUAUCACUUCUCGCUCCUUUAUCAAAUUGCAACAAGCAGUUAAAGUGAAGUUGCUUUCGACAUUGCGGAAAUGCCAAGUUCUUUGGGAUGAGAUGAAUCAUUUUGUCUCAAAUUUGCAGUACUACAUUAUGUUUGAAGUUUUGGAGGUAUCAUGGUCUAAUUUUUCUAAUGAAAUUGAAGCAGCGAAAGAUCUUGAUGAUCUACUUGCUGCUCAUGAAAACUAUCUCCAUUCCAUAGUUGAGAAGUCUCUUCUUGGAGAGAGAUCACAAAGUUUAUUCGAGACACUAUUUGUUUUGUUUGACCUGAUACUGCGCUUCCGGAGUUUAGCUGACAGAUUAUAUGAAGGCAUUUAUGAAGUGCAAGCAAGGUCUACUGAUGAUAAGAAAAAACUAUCUAGGCAAUUAAGUAGCAGAUCUGCAGAACCUGGUUCAUGGGCAUCUGAGGGCAGGAAGGCCUUAACCCAACAUGCUGCUAAAUUUCUCAGCUCUAUGAGCCAGGAACUGGAUGAUAUUGGAAAAAAGUAUUCAUCCCUUCUUACAGGAUUUAUCUCUGAAUUGCCAGUCCAGCAACAUAUUGACCUGAAAUUUCUCCUUUUCCGACUUGAUUUCACUGAAUUCUAUAGUCAGUCACAUCAAACCAUAUCAUGAUGAUGUCCAGUUCAGUAGUUUAGUUUUUGAGGUUGCUUUUAAAUUUGAAGAGCCAUAUAUCUGUUGAGUACUUGAGUGCUUUUUUGAUUGAUUGAUUCAUUUAUUUGGUUCCUGGUUCGUGAACCGGAUCUGUUGCUGAAGCUCCAAAGCAUUGCAUGCAAAGUGCUUCCACAAUUCAGAAAGAAGUACGACUCUUGAUGUUAGGUCAUUACAGACUAUUAUUCAGGGCUAAGCUGCUGAGGGACUUCCGCACUAAUCCUGUCGAGGUUCGUUUCUUGACACCAUACUUGAGACAAUGCCAUCAUAUCACUGUGUGACAGUGUGAGUGAGUCUGUAAAUCUGCUGAAAACAAAGUGGGGGAAACUGACAGCAUCUUGUUGAUGACAGUUCAUAGUUGUGUAAAUUAGUGGAAUGUGUGAUACUAGAUUAAGAGAUUUCCAACUCAAUAUGCAUUUUUGUUUGUUUUUUUUUUUUUUUUUUUUAACAUUUUAGGAGAUGGGGGUAGGGAGACCAGCUAAUAACAAUUACUAGUUGGUCAAAAAGAUGCAACCUUGGGUAGUGUUUUUGGCCACAUAGUUACUCAUGAAGGCCGAAUUCUUAGAUGUUAGUGGUUUGGUUUACUUAUGUGCUGUGUUCUAUUUUGUGCACUUAGCACAUGUUUGUAAAGGUGUUUAGGUUCUUUCAAGCAAUUGAUCAACUUGUUAGUGGCAGUUUGCGUGUUUUUUUUCCUUCUUCUUGAGCACUUAAAGUUUAGGCUAAAAUUUCAAUUAUUUGCAGUAGUGCCAGGCUAAAUCACAUAAUAGCUGACCGAGUUGCUGGCUGGUUUGCUCAUUUUAGUUGUUCAGCUAACCUAGCAAUGCAUUUACAACUAAUUGUGUUAGGUUUCCACUUCCAUCAUUGAUGUAGAUAUUGGAGAAUUUAUUGAUGGUUUAAGGUUUAUCAAGUCGAUCAUGUAACUUAUCUUUUAUUUGCAAUUGAUCCUAUUUUUCUGUUUAUGUAUCUCAGCAUCAAAGCUGGCAAACAUCUACUCGUAAUAAUUGCCAAUGUUAUUAUUAUAUUGAUAUUUGGCCUUCUAGCUAAAGUACGGUUGUUAUUCUUAAGUGUUACCUUGAGCUAACUCAUAACUGUAUGUUCUUGGAUCAUGGUAUAUUUGCUUUAAAAAGCUAUUGAAUUCCGUAGGUUUUCAUUUGUUGAAUAUACCGAGUAUGAUUACUCAGGAAAUAGUAUCCCAUAUGUGUUUCAAAUGGCAGAAUAAAAAUGGUUGAGAGUGGGA